AUGCCAUUUGCUUCUGCCGGCGAGUUGUCUCCGACACGCAGUCUUUCUCUCCGGCCUCCGAUGAAGAGCACGACGCUCUCCUUCUCUCCUUUUGACGGCUCUCCUUCACAUGGCAGUUUCAAAAUUUUCGACCCGAUUUCAGCCAAUCGGUCGAGGGCAGACCCGAUACAUCUCCGGCGAGCAGCGGCACGUCUUGUCCAGCUGGGCGUCGAGGACGAGCAAGGGCUCCCCCGUGAAGGACGCGCGCGUAGUUGUGGCCGACUAUUCAAGUCUGCUGCCAGUUUUCGCGUCACUGUGACUCCGUCGACGACCGUUCCCAAGACGAGCCCACAACUACAGCCCCUUGUAUUUGAAAUGCUCGACAGAAUAAAGCCACUAGUUGUUGCCGCCUUGGGACGAGCCAAGCAAACCACUGCCGCUCGAAAGCAGAGGCGUCGUUCGUCUCGUCACGCCACCUUGGAAAAACUCCCCCGGUGCUCGAUUCUCUGCUACCGGUGCCUGACAGAUCGAGUUCCCACCGCCUUCGGCCGAAGCCAGCGUCCGACGACCUCCGCCACUCACAAGCCUGAAGGAACCGGCACACAAUCAUGUGCUCACUUCUAUCUUACUCUCCACUCCCAUAGGCACCAUCAUGAGACUUUGAUUAGGCAUUUCAGUUCACAUCUCCUCAGGCCUCAGGUGGCUCUUGUUCCACCACCAUUGUUGGUGUAUGCUCAGCUCCAGUUCUCAUCACCACUUCUUUACCUGUCACUCUACCCACCAACUGGCUCUCUUCUUUCUCCUGAGAGCCAUUAG